GCCAGUGUGCCGUGGAAAUGGAAAGAGCCCUUCCUUCCUUGCCCUAAUCUUCGUCCAGGUUCGUGACGGGGAGAGUAACUAUUAAUUGAUGUAUUACCUCGGCUACCCGUAGGUAGCUCUACUCCACACAAAAGGGCAUAAAACGUAUCUGGAAGUUCCCCGAGGGGGAGAGAGAGCCAGGCUCUGUUGCAACAAAUUACACCAUCCAGCUGGAGUGUUUCUCCCAUUGAACUGACGGCGCCGACACAGCUGGGGCGACGAGCAGGAAGCGGGAAGUAGGCAACAAGCACCAGUCAGAGCUUCGUCGCUACAACAUACCUAGGAUACUUUUAGAGGCACCGACCAACCAACAUACACUCACCCACGCACCAGCGCACCAGACGCUCGAAUCAACUACUAAAUCAUCACUCACUCACACACAUACACUCAAAUCUCCUAACCCCCCGGGGCUCCAAAAGAAUAAGGAAAAAAUGUCGCCUUACCCGUCGACGCUGACGACGCCGCCGCCGGCGACACCCAACACGCUCCUCCUCUUCCCCCAACCGGGAGUGGUGGUGGUGGUGCUCAACAACCCGCGGGGGCUGAACUGCCUGUCGACGGCGAUGCACUGGGCGCUGCACCACCUGCUGGAGUGGUACGACAACGAAGGGUCGCUGCGGUGCUGCGUGGUGACAGGGAUGGGGCGGGCGUUCUGCGCGGGCGCCGACCUGAAGGAGUGGAACGAGUCCAACGCCCGUCGCGCCGCGGGCGGAGAUGGCCAACGCGUCAUGCCCAGCAGCGGGUUUGGGGCCGUGAGCCGGCGCGCGGGCAAGAAGCCCGUCAUCGGCGCGGUCAACGGCCUGGCCUUUGGCGGCGGGAUGGAGAUGGUCGCCAACAUGGACCUGGUCGUCGCGGCCCAGUCCGCCCAGUUCGCCCUGCCCGAGGUCAAGCGCGGGGUGGUCGCCAUCGCCGGCGCGCUGCCCAGGAUCAUGCGCACCCUCGGCCGCCCCAGGGCCAUGGAGAUGGCCUUGACCGGACGGACCGUCUCCGCCGCCGAGGCCAGGGAAUGGGGCAUGGUCAACGCCGUGACCGAGGACGCCCCCGUCGACGCCGACAUCCUGGACAGGCCCGUCGUCAAGAAGGCUCUGGAGUAUGCCGCGGAGAUUGGCAACAACAGCCCCGACAGUGUCAUCAUCAGCCGCGCAGGCGUGAUUCAGGGUUGGGAAGAUGGCAGUGCGGAACAUGCAACUCAGAACAUUGUCGAGGUCUAUUCCAAGAGGCUGAAUGAGGGAGAGAACAUUCGCGAGGGUGUCCGAGCAUUUGUAGAGAAGCGGGCCCCGAGAUGGGUCCCCAGCAAGUUGUAAACAGGAAUAGGA